GGUAGCCGAUGUCCACUAUCGCGCAUAUUAACUCAACACACAUUAAGCAUGCACUCAAAAUACGCUAUGGUGAAAUACCAUAACACUACUUUGAGCGACUGUCACACUUGCCAAAAGUAGCGGUGUAAGUUAAAGAAAACGUGUAGAAUGCGAGCACAAACAUAAAAUGAGCGACGAAAGAGCGAAUUGGCAACAUGACGAAAAGGUGCAAUCAACAAUGAGCCACACACCAUACACUAGCAGUUCAUGGCAGAGCCAGUAAGCAAAGCAAAAGCGGCUAGCAAGUGGUGAAGCGCAUGCAAACUGCAAUGUGUAUAUAUGACAAGUAAGCGGUGUUUGUAGUGGUGUGCUGGUGGUGGUGAAAAAGUCUCAUUGGCGCUGCAAAGAAAAUAAACAAAUAGAGCUGACGGCAAGAGCAGCAAGAAACUACACAACUGAGCGCAUAAGAAGUCAAGGGUGUGCGUUUACACAUACAUACAUACAUAUACACAAAUUGGUGUAUAUAUGUGUUGGUGCGCAUGUACGUGCAUUUGUGUGCACAUAUCUAUACAUUUGUAUAUGUAUAUUGGCGUAUUCGGCUGAGCGCCAGUUACUGUGGUGAAUACUUGUACAUUGGCACAGCAUUUGCGCUGUUUUGCCUUUCUGUAUCGUUUGUGCGCCGUCUGCUGUUGUCUGCUCGGAAUCGCUUUCAUUGAUUUCAGUAUUUGUUUGGACUUCAACGCUGGCGGUAUACAAAUCGGUUGUUAUACGAACAUAUACUACUAACGGCAGCGUGUAGAGGCAGAGGCGAGUACGCUUUUCAACGCAAUAGCGCAAAAAAAACAUAGAAAGAAACACUUCUUCUUACUCGUCGCCUCAGUGCUAUGACACUACAAAUAAAUACAUACUUACAUGUAUACAUAUGUAUAUAAUACAAGUUAGAAACAAGUGAAAGAAAAAAUCAAAUAGUGGCUUGCUGUAUUUUACAGUGUUUUAUGAAAGCGGAGAGCAAGCAAAAAUUAAUAUAUAUUCACACAUAAGUAUAUAUUUAUGCAUACGUAAACCUGUGAAGAAGUAGCUGAAAAAAUAUUUUAUUGAAAUUACAAAGUACCUACAACUUAAUAAAAUAUAUUAUAUUUAUAAAUAAUAUAUAAAUAUAUUCUAACUGGCAGCAUAAGCGAGUGCUGAAAAUACAAAAGUGCAACUAGUAAUUGUGAAAACGCGUGUUCGUUAGCAGCCGGUCGUCGUGUUGAUUGUAAAUAUUUGGCGUUUUUCGGUAGUUUCGCUGCGACGUUGACGUUAGUUGCUGCCGGGACGCGCAAAAUUGAACGUGAUCGUGCGUGCAUUGAAAGUGCAUGCUGUAACAACAACAACAAUUACAACAACAAUAAUAGUUACAACAACAAGUAAAACGUGUUAACCAGUGAAUGCGAAAAUCGUAAGGCAAACAACAAGUGCAAUUUUAGCAAAUACAACAACAACAAGAGCAGCAGCUUAGUGCUGUUCGUAGUUCUAUUAUUUUUGAAAAUUUUUAACACAAAAGUGCAACUUCCAGGCAAUAAAAAAAAUUUGUGGUUUGUGCGUGUGUGUGUGUACACAGCGGGAAAUGUGUGUGUCUAAUAUGUCUAAUAAGCAAAUGCAAGUAGCUGAUGCGCAAGCAAGCGUUUAGGGCGUGGGAAAAGUGCAGUUUUGCUGAUUUGAAUGGUGUUUAGAAAGCUAUAGAAUAUGUAAAAAGAAGGUUUCACAAAAAAAUUGUAAUGAUAAAAAUUGUGUAGCAUUGAAAAAAAUUCAAAAAAGUUGUUUGGCGUAAACAAAGUAACGAAAUAAUAAUAAAAAAUUAUAAAAAGUAGCAAAAAUAAUAAUAAAAUAGUAAAAAGCAAGGCUAAAUAUAAAUAAUUAAUAUUUCACAAGGCGCAAAAUUAAUAAAUAAUUAAUAUUUUAGAAGGCGAGAAAGUAAUAAAUAAUAAAUAAUUUAGUGUAAGGUCCAAAAAAUAUAUAAAGUAUUUACACUUAAAAACCAAAUUCAAAAUAAAAAUUUCGAAAAAAGUUUCUAAACAAAGUUUCGAAAAAAGAAAGUUUCGAAAAACAAAGUUUCAAAAACUUUUUUUCGAAAAAUCAAAAAAAUAUUUCGCGCAAAAUUAAAAAAAUCAAAUAAAAUUAAAAAAAGAAAAUUUCGUAAUAAAAAUUAAAAAACAUUUUUCUACAAAUUCAAAAAAAAUAUUAAAUUCAAAAAUUCCAAUUUUCUCCGCACAAUACAAAAUUUUGCUGACCAAAAUCGCUGUGUCGCUAAACAUGUGUGCUCAUGUGUUUAAAAAUACGCCAACAACAUAAAUACUACGUAACUGCAAACAAAGUGCGCACGAACAACUACAACGUCAAAAAGGCGUAAAAAGUGUGAAGCGAAAGGCUGAAAUUUGGCAUAAAACAGCAGAAACGUUUUACUUUGAGUGAAAGGCGACUACAAGUUUUGCUAAAAAGUGCAAAUUAACAACAAGAAUUCACAUGAAUAAAAUAAUAACAACAAAAGCAGGCAAUCAGCUAGCUGAGAACCGAAUGUGUGGAGAAAGUAGGCGCUGCAAAAUAGAGAAGCAGCAAAGUGACCAAAUGCUCAAAGAAAGGGCAAGAAAGCAAAGAGUCAGUGCAGUAAAACAAUAAUAACAACAAAAGAACGCUUUUAAGCAGGCGUAACACGUAUUUGCCUUGACUUUUCGUCUUUUCGAACAGUAAAGAGCGCUGUUCCUUACACGUAGCAACUGGUUGACUAAAUGUUUCUGCUGCGAAAAAGCUAUCAUUGGAGUCUAGCAAGCGCCCAACCAAUAAAUUCUAUUGCAAAUGUUACACAGUGCUGAAAUUCUUACUCAGCAUCUUCUGUGACUCUAACGCCAGCGGCGUCUGAAACUUAUAUAAAAGUUAUCUGAUAGCAGCAAGCACUAGAUACGGCAGCAACAAACACCCACACAUGCCACACGUCUCUAUCCCGAAGGUGCGUCUGGCAUUUUAUCAAAUUCUAUUCGCAUUUUUUUUCUUGUUACAUUCUGUACGACAUAACUGCUGCGUGUAACUGUCUGCUCAAGGUCUGUACCACAACAAGAUUAUAAAAAAACAGAUAAUAAUAGAAACGAAACGUCAGAAGAACGCAACAAAUAAAAAGUCAGCAGCUGAGCAGAAUUGAGUUGUGGUGCUUAGCUGAAAUGCGAGUUGGCGGCUGUCUGGCACAGUAAUGUGCGGCAAGUGAGUUUGGAAGAAAGUCAACAGCAACAAAUAACAAAAUCACACACAGUCAGUGCGCAGAAAAGCUGCCCUGGUGUAGAAAAAGAGCACAAAGAAAUAGUUCUUGCGCUCGAUAGCCUCCGCUGAUGCAUGCUUAACUGCGUCUCCCCACGGACUCAUUGGUAUGCGUAUACGCAACUGCGGCAGACACACAACAACAGCAAAAACAAUAAAAAAUAGUAACAAAAAAUCAACCAUUUCGCAUGGCAAAAACAAAAAACACAUAAAUAAAAGUAUUUGCCGCAUUAAGGCGCUUAGGCGGUGCACGAUUUGCUGGCAGCUUUAAAAAAAUCUGCUGGAGCAGACGAGAUUUAAAAGAGUAUACCAAAAAGGCGCUUUGGAAGUGGAAAAUCACUUUGGAAUUUAAUGCGAAGGUAAUGCUGAAAAGCAAAUGGAAAAAAAUUAAGGAAAAAUUAAGGAAAAAUUAAAGAUAAUUAAAAGAAAUUAAAGAAAAUUAAAGCAAAAUUAAAAGAAAAUUAAAAAACAAAAUAAAGAAAAAAUUUAAAAAUUAAAAAAAUUAAGGAAUAAUUAAAAAAAAAUAUGGAAUAAUUAAAAAAAUUAAGGAAUAAUUAAAAAAAAAGUUAAAGGAAAAAAAUAAAGUUAAAAGCAAAAGAAAAUAUAAUUAACGCAAAAUUAAAAAAAUUAAGCAAAAUUAAGAAAAUCAAAGCAAAAUUAAAAAAAUAAAGAAAAUUAAAACAAAAUUAAGAAAAUUAAUGAAGAAUUAAAAAAAAACUGGCGCGCUUCAAAAUUCCUUCAAGUAAACUACCUGCACACGACAACAACAACAUUACAAAAAAUGGCCUUAAAAUCAAUUCUUGAAACGCAUUUAUUUUCCAAAAAAAAUUUACAAUUUUAAUUUAUGCCGCACAAAGGCAACCAAGUAAACCAACGCGCCACCUCACCCAACAAGAGCACUUGAAGUAGAAACAACUACAAAAACAACAACCAACCAACUACCUACGCCCCAUAAAGGCAACAUACACAACCUAAAUGGAUUUAUAUUGUUAUCAGCCAACGCCACCUGCCUCACUCAUGGAUUAUCCCGUUGGACCGCAUCAACUGCAAAACGGCAGCAGCGGUGUUGGUGGCAUCGGCGGCAUCGUCAACAACACUAACACGUACUUCAAUAACAUUUAUACGAAUGGCGUUGCCAACAACAAUAAUACUAGCAACAACAAUAAUAGUAGUAAUCAUUAUAAUCAUCAUAGUAAUAGUGAUAGUUCAUCGGUGACGACGACAACAACAACAGCGACAAAUUUUGGUGAUUGCAUCGGUUUGGAGCGCGGUUUCGAUUUCUACAGUGAUCGAGUGACAAAGCGCGCAUUUUAAAUACAAACAAACAAAUGAGCUUGUUUGAAGCUAAUGCAGAAACAGCUAUACAAAUAAAACUUUUUGAGGUCGAUUUAUACGCACAAACAUACACACACACACACACAAGCCACAGAAUUUUUGCGAAUAUUAAAAUUUUACGAAUAUUUCAGCAGUAAAACGACGAGUUUUGAGCUUUCAUUUUAAUUUAAAAACAUUUAUUUUUCAUUAUUGAUUUUAGAUUUGAAAUAAAUGCAUGCAAUUUAACAAGCAAAUAUUCAAGUGCAAAAUUAUAAAACGCAAGCAUGUAUUUCGUGCACAAAUUAGUACGCAAAAAGUAAUGAAACUAGAAAACAAACAGUGAAAUAUUAUUAUUAAAAAAUAUAAAUUCUCAAAAAAGCAAAAUUUACACACA